CUAUGAAUUUCUAGGAAGAUAUCCAAGGGAAAAAGAAACUAACGCAACUAUGAGUAAUCAGGCUAUUUGGCACCUAAAAAACUUAAGGAUCUGCAAUAUGUGUUAUUUAGAAUCAUUUAUUUGCGAAUUUAAGAUACAUUAUUAUCAGGUUAUUCCGUCAGUAAGAAAAGACUUGGAUAAAUUAUUUUUUUCUAAACUUCCUUUAAUAGUAGCACAAAAAGUAGAAAUUGCUUUUAAUGAAACAAUUCAAAAGGAAGAAGUACCAGAUACAUUAGGAGGACGAAUUCUAAAAUUACAGGAAUGGCAUAAACGAGCCUGUAAUGAAGAAAAACUGAAAAAGCAAGCUAAAAUUGACCUCUGCUGUGAGGCCUCCACCGAUAAAAUCGGAAAAUACGGAUGUAGUGAUGAACGACCAAAAAUAAAGAAAAAACGGAGAUACGAAAAAUACAAAAAAUGGCGAAAGAUACCCUAUAAGGAAUAUAGAAAAAAUAGAUAUAGAAACCCUAAUAAAUAUUUUAGAAACAGAAAUCAAUUUAAACAGAAAACUAGUCAGAAAGAUUAUUGCCCUAAAGGCAAAACUAAUUGCAGAUGCUGGCUCUGCAAUGAAGAAGGACAUUAUGCUAAUAAAUGCCCAAAGAAAAACACUAAUAAUAAGAAGCCGGAAGUUCUAAGGAUAGCAUACUGUUGGGUAUGUGACUCGGAUUCCGCCGCGCCAAAGAAACACCGACAUCAGAAGAGUUGGUCGUGAUACCGGCGCGAGCGAACACACCGUCGAGCGCCAAUACCAAGAGACGGGCGCACCAGCACCGGCGCGAGCAAGCGCACCGUCGAGCGCCAAUACCAAGAGACGGGUGCACCAGCACCGGCGCGAGCGAACACACCGGCGAGUGCCAAUCCCUAGAGACGGGCGCAUCAGCACCGGCGCGUCCAAGGGCAGCCCGAGUCCAGCGUUGACUAGAUCAGCGAGUAUGGGAAAACGACGCUGCAUUCCACCUACCGAGUGGUCACAUCGCAGUCCUAGUCCUAGGUAUAAUGAAAGGCUAAAUGUACUUGUCCUAGGUAGAGGUAUGACCUAGUCUUCUGACAUGUCAGUGGUCAUGUCACCAUGUAACUCACCCACCACCAUGUAGCCUAUAAAUAAGGCAUUUACUCCGCUGGGUGAGGGGAUCGGAUUUUUCUGACUCUAUCUCUAAGAUUAUCAACUUCUCUCUCUAAGAUAUUACCCUCUCAACUCUAUUCGUAGUUUCUGGAGUUCUUCCAUUGACGGUUAUUCUCCCCUUGCUUACUCUCCUUGACCCAUCUUCCCGAGUCUCACUCCUACACCCAGUUAGGCUCAAACAAUUGGCGCCCACCGUGGGGCCGAGUAGAGAAGCAAAAGAAAACUGACCAAUGUCAGAGCAUAACUCCAACUCACCUGAUGAAUCAACGCCCAUCAAAGCGAUGACCAACGCAAGGGAAUUCGCGGAAACUAGCAAUCUCAACGCGGUGCUCCUCGAAGAAGAAGAGCCCGAACUCACAGCCAAAGAAAUGAGGCAGCUAAUGGCAAAGUAGAACAGUGUCAUAGCUGACAUGCAGAAACAAAUGAGCCAGGUCAUAGCUCUCAUGAUGAGCAAAGAGGCCGCGACGACAGUAGAUGCGACGCCUGUCGCGCCCCAACAAGCCCCAGGAGAAACGUCGUGGACUGCCCUACCACCGCAGCCCGCGUACGAAACGCAACAAGUUGAGCUGCCAGGCAGGGCGAACCUCAGCUUCUUGGAGCAAUAUCUAUCUCCGCAAUACCGUCCCAACCCGCCCAGGAAGGCCCUCCACCAACCGCUAAGCGCAGAAAUCAUGGCGGAACACCUGAGCGGAAUGCCACCCGCCCUCCCGACGUACAACGAAACGACCGACCCUAAAGACCACGUGAGCACCUUCUGCCUGCGGAUGCAACUCCAAACCAACUCCAACGCGGCACUAUGCAGGACCUUCCCGUCAACGUUCCCCGGAAUAUGCCUCGAUUGGUACAACAGGCUGCCGAACGGAAUCAACCGCUCAUUUGAAGAGUUCAUACUCUUAUUCACGACGAAAUUCGCAUCCCAAAAAAGAAGACCUCUCCACCUCAAGGCGUUGAUAGACAUCAGGCAAAAGGAAGGAGAAAGCCUACGAGCGUUCUACGCUAGAUGGUCCAGGGUGGCAAUGGCCGUGCGCGAUCUUACCCCCGAGACCGCCGCCCAUCACCUUAUGGAAGCCACCACCAACAUGGAGCUCAAGCGGGCACUAGCAAAAAGACCUUUCACGCUAUCGACAGAGUUGGAGAUGAAAAUCGAGAAAGCUAUCACGCUAGAGGAAACCCUCGGAGCGGGAUCUGUUAGACGUUUUGAACCGGCAAGAGCACCCCGAGAGGACCAAGGCAGGAGGCAGCUUCCGGUGCCACCGCGAGAACAAUUGGUGCAACUACACAGCGGGCCGAAGCGCCACCCUCCUCCCCCGCAAGAGCAGGCACAACGAGAGCGAUCGCCAGACAGGCGCAUGACGAGCGCUUACAUGCCGCUCAACGACUCCGUGAAGAAUGUGUUUCACGUCCUCCGCAAGAAAGGAUACAAGAUCAAUUGGCCCGCGCCUCUAAAGUCCUUACCACACAUGCGCGAUCCCAAAAAAUACCGCGAUUUCCAUAGAGCAACGGGCAUUGGGCAGAAAAUUGCAGAGAGCUGCGUUACGAAAUAGAAGGCCUCAUACGACGAGGACUACUGACCGAGUUCACCCACGAGAAAGAGGAACAAGUAGCGCGUCCCCAAAACCCGCCACCACCCCCGCAAGCCGACUACAACGAGGCCACUGGCGCGUAUGUAGUGCGAAAGGAGAUAGUGGUGGUGACGGUAGAGGGAGAUCGCCCCAAAAAGAAAACCAAGCGCGAGCGCGCAGCAGAAUGCGCGGCGGUCGAGACGCGGCAGAAGUAGAACCUGAGCUUCGAUGACGCAGAGUUCCCACAAGGUGUCCCAUCGGAAGACCCACUCACCAUCACCGCGCUGGUUGCCGCCUGUAAAAUUCACCGUCUACUGAUAGAUGGCGGAAGCGCGGCUGACAUCCUGUUCAAGAGCACAGUCGAUCAAAUGGACAUCGACCCGCGCCUAAUCAAGCGCGCACAGGGUAACUUGGUCGGGUUCUCUGGAACAAAUGUUCCAGUAAUCG